AUGCGACCCUUCCACACCUUGCGACUGCCAAGUCGAGCAACUCUCCCCUCCCAGCGCCAGAAUAUGUGCUCAGUCUCCCACUUCUCCCACCAACUCAAGACAAGCACGAGGACAAUAAGCAUAACACAACGACCAGGUCUGCGCCGACCUCUACUCCCAAGCAAUGGCGCCAAAACCACCACACGAGCGUUUGGUCUGCCUGACCUAUCCUCCUUCCUCCCCGGUAGCAACAAUAAGAAGAACAACAACAAUAACUCCCCACACGGCGUCCUAACCGCCACCCGCAACCUCCCCUACAACCCAGCCCUACUAUACAAAGUGAUCUCCUCAGUCGAAGCCUACAGCCAAUUCCUCCCCUUCCUCGCCGCCUCGACCGUGACAGCGCGGGAUCUGGAAACAAGGUACCCAACACAAGCGUUCCUGACAGUCGGCUACGGCGCGCUCAGCGAGACGUUCACGUCGCGCGUGAUCUGCGAUGUAGAAAAGCUGACUUUGGAGGCUAAGAGCGGGGCCAAAUGCCGUAAAGAGGGGCAGGAUAGGCAGGCUGGUAAGAGCUCUUCGUCCAGGCUAAGCGGGUUCUUCCCCGGUGCGAAUGAGGGUCUCUUCGAGUACCUAACUGCGAGAUGGGAGCUGGUGCCGGUUUCGCCUGGAGCACAGGGUGGGCCGUUGACUAAGGUCAAUUUGGAAGUGCGGUUUGAGUUCCGUUCGCAGAUGCAUGCUACUCUUAUAAGUGCUGUUGAGGGGCAAAUGGCUGGGUUUAUGAUUGAGGCUUCUGAGAAGCGGAUACAGGAGGUUGAGGGUAAAGGAUAG